AUGCCCGCAGCCGGCACGCGAGCCUCCAUGGACGAGACCAUGCAACAUCAUCCAAAUAGAGAUCCACAUUCCGCCUGCCUGCAUUUUGGCUCUGCCGGCACAGACCCCUUGGACAAGAAGAUUCGCAAGCUCCACUCCCCCACGGAAGCCGAGAAGUUCGCGGCCGUGCAUCGUGCUCUGCGCCCAUCAAGAUCGUUGGUUCUCUGCGUGUUGGCGGUGUCUGCAUGGACUAUAGCACCGCAGAUGCCAUUCGUUUCACAGCCAGACGUCCGGCUUCGCAGCAGAGGAUGCGAGUCUUCGAAGUGUAGCCGAGACGCCUGGGAUGAUGGGAUCCCAGACUUGCCGGAGGAGUACAGGAACAUCGGCCCCCUGAAGCUUGGACCCAGGCCCAGGCCUUUUGGACUCUUGCUCAUGCCUUUUGUGCUCUACGUUUAUUUCAUGGCCGAUGCAAAAAGAGCCCUGUUUCGCAAGUUCGACGCGGAUGGUGACAAGCUUCUGUCGCCGUCGGAGCUCUCUGCAGCUCUGGGUGACCUUCCUGCAGGCACCUUCCAGGCCGUAGAUACGGACGGGACCGGUGCUAUUGAUACGAAGGAGUGGCUCUUCAGCUUCCUGCACACUGACCUCCCCGGGUCCUAG